UAUUUACAAAAAAAAAAAAACCUUCUCUUUCCCCAGAGCACAAGGAAGAGGAGAGAAGCAAAGCAAAAUAUGUCGAAUUGCAGAUUUCUCUACCAUAACGGUGUCGUUUUGGAAGCUCCCCCAGUCACCACCUUCCUUGAAUCGCACACGGGUGCUUAUACAACGACGAGAACGAUUAACAAUGGAACUAGUUUAUUGUUCUGGGAGAGACAUAUGAAGAGACUCUCUAACUCGAUUCGUAUCCUUUUGAAUUCAAAGCCCGAUCUUUUGUUCAGUUCUUCUGGGGCCUCCUCCGCCUCAUCACCGCGGAUUUGGAUGAAUCAUCAUCAUCAUCAUCAACCAGUUCCUUAUUCGAGUAUUUACGAUCUAGUCAAUGGUUCGAUGAGCGAGGCCCUGAAGUCUGUUGUGGUCAAUGAAAGUGGAAGAAGUAGUUAUGGAGGAGAAGAAUUAGCAGUAACUGUUCUUGUCAGUGGUAAUGUGGAGAAAUUGAAUAGGUUAGAAGAUGAUGAUGAGGAGAGAAAGGUUCUGGAUUUACUCCAUGUUUCGUUGCAUAUUGGUGCAUACUCUUCAGGUGUUGGAGAAAACGCGGCGAGUUUGGCUUUGGUUGGUCGUGGUCGAGAUGUUGCUGCUGCUAAAUACUCAGACUGGGUUAGGCUGAGGAAGCCUCUGGAGAAGUUUAGACCUCUUUCGACCACUGAACUUCUUUUGUCAAACGAUGGUGAUCAUUUGCUUGAGGGCUGCGUCACCAACUUCUUCGUAGUCUGCCGCAGGGUGAAGAAGUCAUCUGAGAAUCUCUACGGCGGGAGUUUGAGCGAGUUUGAAGUGCAGACCGCACCUAUAACUGAUGGUGUGCUUCCAGGAGUUAUAAGAGACCUUGUCAUCGAAGUGUGUUUAAGCAAGGGGAUUCCAUACCGCGAGAGAGCACCCUCGUGGUCUGACCGUGAGCUUUGGGAAGAAGCCUUCAUUACAAGUAGUCUGAGGAUUUUGCAGCAUGUAGGAACGAUUAAAGUACCAGUUGGUUCAUUGGAAGCAUUGGCUUGUAACAAACCUGAGGAGAUUCAGUGGAAGGAGAAAAAGUUUAAAGAAGGACCUGGGAUGAUCACUGAAGUAAUCCAGAAAGCGAUAAUGGAGAGAGUUGACAUACAAGUUUAUUGGUUGGUUGCCACCACGAGAAGAAGAAUGGAAAGAGACGAAGAGACGGAAAGAGAUUGGUUGCCACCACGAGAGGCCGCCUGACUAUCACAAACUUAGUCCACCACAAACAAACGCUAGCUGGUCUUAUGAGGCUGAAAAUUUGCAAUAUGAGAGAGAGCUAUAACUACUGUCAUUUCCAAAAGCAUGGGUAUAUGACUUAUGGUGAUAGAUGACUCUUCUAGAUAUGAAAUUCACGAAAGAUACG